CACAGCUUAAUAAUGCUAAGGCAAUAUAAAGAACAGGGAAGGCACAGUGCAGAUUCUAUACACUCACGCAAGAUCCUUCUGAUUCUACCGAAUAGAUGCAAAGCAAAAUGAAAUCCAUCCUGUUUCUGUUUCUGUCACUUGCUGGCCUUCAUACUGCGGUCCAGCCUCAUCAUGUACCUGACCACCACGAUGACAAAGAUAGUCAGAAAGUGCAGCUUUGCCCAGUUGGAGCCGAUGUCAGAAGUGAAAACACCACCUUUCUCCGAGUAGCUCCUAGCAAUGCAGACUUUGCAUUUAGAUUCUACAAGCAGAUUAAAUCAGAAGCAGGCAACAAGAACAUUUUCUUCUCUCCUCUGAGCAUCGCCACUGCCUUUGCAAUGCUGACAUUAAGUGCUAAAUCAUCCACUCUGAGUCAAAUUCACACAGGCCUUUCCUUUAACCUCACAGAGAUUGAAGAGAGGGAAAUACAUGAAGGUUUUCGUGAUCUCAUCCUCAUAUUAAACCGUCCUGACAGUGAGAUCCAGCUGAACAUGGGAAAUGCCCUUUUUGUGGACAAUCAACUAAAACUACUAGAGAAGUUUCUCAAAGAUGUCAAAAGUCUAUAUGCAUCUGAAGCUUUUCAAAGUAACUUCCAGAAUUCUGCCGAGGCUGAGAAACAGAUCAAUGAUUACAUUGAGAAGAAAACCCAUGGGAAAAUUGCCAAUUUGGUGAAGAACCUUGAUCCACUAACUGUAAUUGUUCUUGUCAACUACAUUUUCUUUAAAGCUCAUUGGCAAAAUCCUUUUAAUAAUUUGACCACAAAGGAAGAUGACUUUUUUGUGGAUGCAAAAACAUCAGUGAAAGUUAAAAUGAUGAACAGGGAAGAGGAAUAUAAAACUUACCGGGAUGAGAUGCUCGCCUGCUGGGUGGUUGAAAUCCCAUACAAAGGAAAUGCUGCUGCCUUAUUUAUUCUGCCUGAUGAAGGGAAAAUGGAGCAGGUGGAAGAGGCUCUGUUGAAAGAAACUGUGUCUAAAUGGGCAAAAUCACUUGAACAAAGAGAAAUCGACCUGUACAUUCCAGUAUUCUCUGUUUCUGGUACCUAUGAUGUGAAAGAGCUGUUUCAGAAGAUGGGUGUGAUCGAUGUGUUCACUGACAAAGCUGAUCUGUCUGGAAUCACUGGGGAGCGUAAUCUGAAGGUUUCAAAAGCUGUUCACAAGGCCCUGGUGGAUGUUCAUGAGAAUGGCACUGAGGCUGCAGCAGUUACUGUUGUGGAAAUUAUGUUUAUGUCUGCUCCCAUUGAUGAUCCUCCUACCAUUAAGUUCAACCGUCCUUUCAUAAUCAUUAUUAUUGAUAAAACCACCUGCAGCAUGCUCUUCCUGGGGAAAAUAGUAAAUCCUACUGAAAAAUAAUUGUUUUGCCAUUGUAUAUGUUCCAGUGCUUCAAAGGAGCUGGAUUUAAAUCUCCUGGAGCAUGUCCAUGUAGUACAGACCUGUUGGUAGUAGUGACUGAAACUAACCUGCAAUUGACAUGAAUUCUAAACAAAUAAAACAUGAGUGUGGUAACUCCUUGCAUACAAA